GCGAGCGGCUGAGCUUCCGCCAAGCUGUGUGCGUGUGUGUGUGUGGUGAUGCCGCGGCCCGGCUGACGGUGCGGCGCGGCCGAGAGCUUUUUGUUGCCGCCUUUUAAAAAAAAUUAAAGGAGAGAAGAGACGCCCGGGGCCGGGUGUGUGUGUGUGUGGCAGGGCCCGAGCCGGCCAGCGGACAGCGCGGGGGAAAAGGUCGGCGUGUGAGCGAGGGAGGGCGGGAAGGAGGUUGCGGCGGUUGGAAGAUGUCGGCCUCCGCCGUUUACGUGCUGGACCUGAAGGGGAAGGUCCUGAUUUGUCGGAAUUAUAGGGGCGAUGUGGAGAUGUCGGAAAUUGAGCACUUUAUGCCUAUUUUGAUGGAGAAGGAGGAGGAGUGUUCCCUGACACCCAUCCUGUCACACGGAGGCGUCCGAUUCAUGUGGAUUAAACACAACAAUCUUUAUCUUGUUGCUACCUCCAAGAAGAACGCAUGUGUAUCUCUGGUAUUUGCUUUCCUCUAUAAGGUGGUUCAGGUAUUUUCUGAGUAUUUUAAGGAACUGGAAGAAGAAAGUAUUCGAGAUAAUUUUGUUAUAAUCUAUGAGUUGCUGGAUGAGUUGAUGGAUUUUGGUUACCCACAGACCACAGACAGCAAAAUCCUACAGGAGUACAUUACCCAGGAAGGUCACAAGCUAGACACUGGAGCACCUCGUCCACCAGCAACAGUCACCAAUGCCGUGUCUUGGCGAUCAGAAGGGAUCAAGUAUCGGAAAAAUGAAGUAUUUCUCGAUGUUAUUGAAUCUGUCAAUCUUCUGGUCAGUGCAAAUGGAAAUGUAUUACGUAGUGAAAUAGUGGGAUCUAUCAAAAUGAGAGUAUUCCUCUCAGGAAUGCCGGAACUGCGACUUGGAUUAAACGACAAAGUAUUGUUUGAAAACACAGGACGAGGGAAAAGCAAAUCUGUGGAGUUGGAAGAUGUGAAAUUUCACCAGUGCGUGCGUCUCUCCCGAUUUGAGAAUGACCGAACCAUUUCAUUCAUCCCGCCCGAUGGAGAAUUUGAACUGAUGUCUUACCGUUUAAAUACACAUGUAAAGCCUUUGAUCUGGAUCGAGUCUGUGAUUGAGAAACAUUCUCACAGUCGGAUAGAGUACAUGAUUAAAGCCAAGAGUCAAUUCAAACGCAGAUCGACUGCCAACAAUGUUGAGAUCCACAUUCCAGUCCCAAAUGAUGCAGAUUCACCUAAGUUUAAGACCACAGUGGGCAAUGUGAAAUGGGUGCCAGAGAGCAGUGAAAUAGUGUGGUCCAUCAAAUCAUUCCCCGGUGGGAAGGAGUACCUGAUGAGAGCACAUUUUGGACUCCCCAGCGUGGAGGCCGAAGAUAAGGAGGGAAAGCCUCCGAUCAGUGUCAAGUUUGAGAUUCCAUAUUUCACCACUUCAGGAAUACAGGUACGCUACUUGAAGAUUAUCGAAAAGAGUGGCUAUCAAGCAUUGCCGUGGGUUCGAUACAUCACCCAAAACGGAGACUACCAGCUAAGAACACAAUGAAGGAAAACUGCAAGCGAAGAGUGUUUGGGGACAGAUGUGAUUCAAUGGAUUGUGUAAAAUUGUUGGAUGUAUUCAUCAUUUUUCAGGUCUCUGUCGUGGUGACGCCUUUCAUGAAGAAGAUAAACAUUUCACUUGCACUUAUCCAUGGAGCUGAACUCAAAACUGGCAGCGUUUGACCCAUUCUCUCCCUAUCUUUUUUUCUUUCCUUCCCCCUCCCUCCCUCCCGCCCCGGCUCAAUCUUCCUCCUUACUCUUUGAUAUCUUUGGAUAGUUGAUAAGGUUUUCUCUUUGAUAGUAGAACAAGCAAAAUUGCUUAGACUGUUGUACUGAAUUUGUAAGCUUGGAAUCCUCCCCUUUUUACUCCGGGAUUUUGUUGGCUUUUCUUAGCUGUUAAGGCAGGACGCUUCACAGCAGCUUUUUAUCAAGUGGGUUCUUAUUGGCAUGAGCACUGUGAUAGCUUGUCAGCCUGAACGUUAAACUGAAGUAGAACACAGAAGAAAAACUAGCGGUAAUAAUGCACUCCAAGGAGAUGUCCCAUUCCUGCAAAUUAAUUUACCGAGGUAUCUGCAGCAAAGCAAAACCGCCUUCGAAAUCUGGCACAUACGUUGCUAUCCUCACUUCACAAAUACCCGUGUCCCACAUAUAAACAGAAAUCAUCCUGACUGCGCUUCACAACUUCCAACUUGUUUCUAUUGAAGAGUUGCACAUAAAUACUUACUGAGUUUUUAUAUAAUGAAACUCAACAGCCAGAAUAGAUAAAUCUGUAAAAGGUUUGAUUUACUGUCUGCAGCUGGAAUCUGUUAACAGUGACCGCAGUACUGCCUGUGUUUGCUUACACUCGACGAUUUAGAAUAUAUUGGCUUUCGAAUUCUAUGGCUUUAUUAUCCAAUCUAUUUGCCGCCUAUUAAUUGCUCACAUGACCAGCUUGGAGUCCACUUAUGGUGGAAACCAGACACACCUCGAUUUUUUUUUAAUAUCUGUGGUCCACACAAUUUCCCAUGUCGUGAAGUACUGUAUCUUACAUUGUGCAAUCGCGCAACAGUGCAAAGGAGGCAGCUCCCAUGAUCUCAUCUGCAUGCAUUGAAUUACUGACCCUGGACAGCAGCAAGUAAAGGCGUGAGUGUAAACUAUAGACUGAUCUGGGGUUUGAACUGCAAGGUGCACCAAGUUUGCUUUGACACUGUGAGUCGCUUCAUACAAGAAGCCCAACCAUUAAUUCUUUUGUAUGCUACACUGUAUUUUUAAUAUAUAUAUAUAUUUAAGAAUUGUGGUAAUGCUGUAUAACAUUUUUAAAAAACAGUGUUAAAAUGCCUGCUCUUCACUGAAAAAUCUACAUCUCUGACACCUGUGCUUGAUUGGUGUAGGACUAGCUUUUCCUGGACCAGAUUAACUCAUGCGGUACCAGUGUAAGUGACUGUUGUGGUGUGCUAUGCUGUGUCAUGUCACACCACAACUGUUUAUAUACACAGUAUUCGUACGUGGCUUAUCCCGGCAUUGAUAACCAUCUGACCCAGCUGCUUGACUCUCGCAUUUAUAACUCCAGCUUUCUCCUGAUAGUUCAUUGCAUAAACGCACCAUUAAUGCUAAGCCCAACCCCUAGCCGUACCUAAAAUAUCUCUAGUUUGACUCCUUGUCUUUGGUGAAAAAGCUGGAUUUAAACGGGGCACUAGAAUUGGCCUUGGUGUCUCCAGGCAGAGCAAGGAGAGGAGAUGGGGAAACGUUAGCCAGGGUUCACUAUCCAGUGAUCAUUGCUUAAAGUACAUGGAGAAAGGGUCAGGUUUGGUUGUAAUGGCCUCACGCGCAGUUGAAUAGUCUAUCAGCACUCAUCCUCUAGAUUUGAGCUGGUGUUUGAAAGACUGUUCCUUAGCACAAGUCACUGCCUUCAGAAGUAGAGAGGAAAAUUGUGGAAAUGGCUGCAGUUCUAAGAAUACGUGACUUGGUAUGUCUGCAAAUCAUGUACCGAUGAGUUAGAUAUCAGCAAGUGUGAUGCUGAGCAGGAACCAGCAAACUGUUCGGGUCAAGCUUAGAUGCUUUGGUUUGUUUUUACGGCUCAUUGUUUUCCUCCGGAUCUGAAACGGUUUUGUGACUAUUUCAGCUGCACAUUUGUCCCAUUCCCACACUGGCUGAGAAUAGAGCUUAACCGUAUGCGUGGUCAGAGCACAGAGUAAAACUCGCACAAAUCAUCUGUACAGAUUGUACAAUCGCCAAAGUCCUACAUCCGCCCAAGUCCCGUUAUUUCCUAUUAUUUAUAAGUUUCACAAAACUCAUGCUUUGCGUAAGUCACAAUCAAUGUAUGGUCCCAACUGAUACGACUUAUGUGAGAUUUACUGUGAUUACCUUUUCCUUUGGUGCAAUGCUGUGUUCGCCUGGUGACUAGUAUCUAGAAUACAGGGACUCAGGACUGCUUGUAUCUUCUCGUAUCCCUCUCCCAACCCCAUCCCCAAUCUGCACUGUUACCAGAAUCCCUUUUGCUACAGGUUUGGUUUACCUUAAUUCUGGUUUUGGCCAUGUAUUCAAUGUGCUGGGUGGGAGAUUUGGUGUCUUGCUGUCAGAGAUUGAGUCACCAGGAUGAGGUGAGAUGGGGGUGGAAGGGUUUAGGGUUCAGGGGAUAAAUCUGUUACUUUGUUCUUCUCCAGAAAAUAUGACUGAAAAUUUCACUUGAGCUCAAAAUAUAGAAUGGUAUAUAAGCUAAUGGUCAAAGGGAUCACUUGUGUCUUCAUUAGGCCCAGUGUUUCCAAGCAUUUCUGUUUUUGUGUCUGUCAGCUGUUACCUACAGUUAGAACAUGCCUUUUGCUGUGCAUUUGGUAAAGUUGAGUCUCCUUGGAUCUGGCCUGUUCAGUGAUCCAUUGGAGCAAAAUACUUGAACUUCUUUGUCGUUCAGACACCAUGUCAAAAAAAUCGCAAUGUAACGUAAAAUCUUUACAGAGUGUAGUCUUGCCCGAGGAACCUUCAGCUUGAUCCAUGAACUAGUGUAGUAAAGCACACUCCCAGUUCAGUUUAAUGCUUUACUGGAGUAAUGUCAGGAAUGCUUGCCUCAAAUCAAAAUCUCACCCGAUUUACACCCAUUUCUCAAAGUUAUUACAUGGAUCAAAGCCUGGGUAGAAAUUAUUCUUUUAAACAGUAAAUUUCUUCAUGCCCUGGUAUUCACUUGCCCGUUGUUAAUGAACCUCUCUCUCCUCGUUUGUUUGUUGUCUAUCUCUGAGGGAAUGAGAGGUGGGAGAUCCUGCGAGUUUAUUCGGUUGCUAUUAGGUGGUUCUCAGCGACAGGGUCACCUCAAUAUAAAGCUGAUCCAAUAAAAGAAUAAACUCAACGGAUGCAGCUCGUUUAGGUUUCUGAAAGUGUUUCUUUCUCUGCCUGUUACAGAUAGUGAGUUUGUUCACCUUUCAUCUCUGAUGUCAAUUUAUCAUUCAUAUUCUUUACAUCACUAAUAAAACAUUCAUCACAA